AUGCAACAGAAAGGUGAAGAAGACCGAGUAUGGUAUGACAUCAUGGAGGAAGAAAUGAAGGCCUACCUCGGGUUGAACAUCGUAAUGGGGAUCAAUCAGCUGCCAUCCUACAAAGACUACCGGUCUAAAGAUUUAUUUCUUGGUAAUGAAGGAACAAAAUCCAUCAUGACUGUUCGAAGGUAUGAAAAAAUUACCGAGUAUUUGCAUGUAAGUGACAGGGCAAAUGAACCAGCUAGGAGAGCCAGGAAUUUUGACAAACUCUACAAAGUGAGAGAAGUCAUUACAAUGGCAAGAAGAAAUUUCAACAAUAACUACAAACCAAAUGGAAAAUUGGCCAUUGAUGAGGCCAUGAUUAAAUGGACUGGAAGACUUAUCAUUCAAGCAGUAUUUGCAAGCCAAACCAAUUAA